CAAGCUUCUGGCUCGAGCGCGCGUGUGAAGAGCGCAUGUAAGCCGCGCCAGAGCAGCGAGAUCGCGCAGCAAUGCCAGACGGGGCAAACGAAGUCAUCCCGCGUCCAGCCCCAGUUGAGCAUUUGGAGCAUCGGGCAGGGCUUCGAGGGCACGGCCAGCGACUGGACGGAGUACGUCGUGUGGCUCGUCGGCGUCGUCUCGCUGGUGUGGUUCAUCUGGUCCAGGACCUGGACUUGAACGUGAUGGCGUUGCCUAGCGACGACGAGAUCGUGCUACCAGGGGAGGAGGACGUCGGUGAAGACGACUCGGGUAUCUCGGAGCUGUUGGCCAAGAAAAAAGCUGCACUGAACAGAAGUGAGGCUGGAAAGAAGAAGAAAGCGGCUGUUAACAGAAAGGACGCCGUGACAAAGGACGAUUGAUUGGUGCCCCGUGCGCUGCUGCAGGGUCGCCGAUUGUAGGGGGAAGAGGACUUCGCGAAAAAGCCGGCUAGACCCCCCACUCCAAAGCCGCGCAUUGUUUGUCUCUUAACUAAGCCAGAAGAUUGUAUUCAGAUGUGCUGAAGGGGGGUCGUGGAAGGGUAGCCAAAGUGCUCCAUCGACAGGUUUUUGAUCGCUCCGGACGUGAUGCAUCGAGCUCGUGAUUUAGUGUAGUCCCCUGGAACCCGCAGCUCUGGAUCUUCAGAGAUCGACGAAACUGUCUCAAAAUAUUCUUCACAGCAAGAUUCACCAUCGUGGGAGGCUGCGGCAGGCGACGCGGUCCCACUGGCCGGGCAAGGAGUCCAGCCGGGGACAAGUCGGCAGCCGGAAAAAGCACGGCUGGAGUCCUCCACCCACCCCCUCUAGCCGCAGCACCUCCCGGGAUGUACCGAUCCGCGGGGUUCCCAGGGCACCGCAGCCAGGCAGAAAGACCGGGCGAAGAAAAUUGUCGUCGGCGGCGAGGGAGAGUUGGCUGCAGCGAAAAGGCUAGACGGGGGCACCUAAAAACGAAUGGUCCAGCAUGCAAGACGGGCGGCCGCGGGGGGCGGGCGAAGAAAGCAUGCGACCCCCAGCUAUCGGGGAGGAUUGGUUUUGUUGUGGCGCCAUCUCGAUGUCUUCCGUCGUCGUUCUCACCAGACUUGGGCGAAACGCGACGGCUGGUUUCUUGGCAAUUCGCAGUUUUGGGAAUUUGCUCCCCGUCCUAAGGACCGUAAACAACGACUCAGGAUGAAGAGCCGGUCAUGCAGAGAUCUUUUCCAGGCCUAGGGUGAGGACAAAUCUUUCCAGAACGCCCAGGAAGUCUGGAAAGGUCGCGGCGCCCGAUACAUCAUCCAGGCCAGUCCCGCUAGCUCUCUCAGAGAUGAUCCACCCAUGCUCAUCCGAACUUGUCCGUAUCCUGCCUUCGUCAAAAUUUUUGCGGGGGGGGAACUUGGCGAAAAAACAGCGCCACCAGACUCGGGAAAAGGACCAGAGGCAGGAUACUAUGGCCUUGGCCAGGCCCGCGCACAUGCCGCGGGCCAUGAUGUACUGACCCCCUCCUCUUCCUCCUCCUCCUUUUCCUUCUCCUCCUCAUCGUCCUCCCCAUCCCCUCCUCCUCCCCCUCCUCCUCCUCCUCCUCCUCC